CGUAUGAGAAGCAAACAGCGUUAGCUAGUAGUGACCGGGCCCACGGCCCAGGGCCCCACAUCCAGAUAAGGCAGGGAUAAGGUGGAUAUCUUCCCGUCCGUCAGAUGGAUACCCAUCCUAAAUCCAACGGCAGUAAUCCAUUGUCGUGGAUAAACCACACAAUAAGGAGAGGUUCCCAUUAGCAGUUAUAACUCCACCCCGAUCAAAGUCAAUUUUUGAAUCCGCCCAAUUCCAUCUCCCAAUCUCAAAGUAGAGUUUCAGAUCAAAAAAAUCCACAGUCCAGCCAUGGCUGCCACCUCAGCUGCCGCAGCAGCCACGUCCUCCUUGAUGGGGACGCGGCUGCCGGACAUCUGCUCCAACUCCGGCCGGGUCCAGGCUCGUUUCGGUUUCGGGACCAAGAAGGCCGCGCCGAAGAAGGCGGCCAAGCCCAGCACGGGCCGCCCGCUUUGGUACCCAGGCGCCCAGGCCCCCGAAUGGCUGGACGGGAGCCUGGUCGGCGAUUACGGGUUCGACCCGUUCGGUCUGGGGAAGCCGGCCGAGUACCUGCAGUUCGAUCUGGACUCGCUGGACCAGAACCUGGCCAAGAACCUGGCCGGUGACGUCAUCGGGACCCGGACGGAGACCGACGACGUCAAGUCGACGCCGUUCCAGCCGUACAGCGAGGUGUUUGGCCUGCAGCGGUUCCGUGAGUGCGAGCUCAUCCACGGGAGGUGGGCCAUGCUGGCCACCCUCGGCGCCCUCACCGUCGAGUGGCUCACCGGCGUCACCUGGCAAGACGCCGGGAAGGUGGAAUUGGUGGAAGGGUCGUCGUAUUUGGGGCAGCCGCUGCCGUUCUCGUUGACGACAUUGAUAUGGAUCGAGGUGUUGGUGAUCGGGUACAUCGAGUUCCAGAGGAACGCGGAGCUGGAGUCGGAGAAGAGGCUGUACCCAGGAGGCCCAUUCGACCCAUUGGGCCUGGCGAGCGACCCGGAGAAGAAGGCGACCCUCCAGUUGGCGGAGAUCAAGCACGCUCGCCUGGCCAUGGUGGCGUUCCUUGGGUUCGCAGUUCAGGCGGCGGUGACAGGGAAGGGCCCGCUCAACAACUGGGCCACGCACCUGAGCGAUCCCCUCCACACCACCAUCAUUGACAAUCUCAGCUCUUAAAAAUUUGGGUUUGGAGUUUGAGAUAGAAUGAUGUUCGUUCCUCUUGUUCUACGUGUUUGCUCGUGUAAUCUCUCUUGUAAAAAACUAGCACUGGAUCCUGCGAUUAUGUAUCUUCGUGUGUAAUUUUUUUUUACACAUAAUGUGUGGUUUGUUCGGUAGUUGAUCACAAAUUAUCUCAUGCAUAAUGCAUUGAAAAUAUG